AUGGCAGCAACAGACGACGUGAAAGAUUCCCCCCCGGCUGCUGUCGUCGCGACCAACACGGGUUCGCAGACCUCGCUGUCCAACUCGGACAGCGAGAAGCAGGCUCCGGCUAGAACGACGAACCUCGAGCGAGCCGCUGAGACAGACGGCUACAUCCUCGAUGAGAGCCUGAUCAAGGAUCAGUACGGCCUCGAUGCUACGAAGCACCUCAAGAAGUCCGAAGAUGGCAAGGUGCUAAUCCCUCAGCCAUCGGACUCCCAGGACGACCCACUCAACUGGUCGCCGUGGAAGAAGGCAAGCGUCCUCAUCGUGUUGGUUGCCAAUGCGUUCACGGCCGAUUACUCGGCGGCGACGGGAGCCAGUGCCCUGCUUCCCCAAGCAGAGCAGUGGAAGAUCAGUCCCGACACCGUCAAUCAUGCUACCGCUGGCAAUACCUUCAUGCUCGGCAUUGGCGGUCUGGCGACCGUCUGGCUGUCCGCGUGGAUUGGCCGGCUGCCUACACUCUUCUGGUUCGGGUGCCUCUCGGCCGGUACCGCGGCUUGGACAGCAGCGGCGCAAUCUUUCGAGUCGUACAUGACGGCACGGAUUCUGAACGGCCUGUUCUGCGUCGCGGCUGCUGGUGGUGGGCUCAUGUGGAUCAAGGAUGUCUGGUUCUUCCAUCAGCACCCGAGAAAGAUCAACAUCUGGUCCACCGCAAUCAUUCUGAGCCCUUUUCUCGGCCCGCAGUUCAUGGCCGCCAUCCUUGCAGUCUCGACGUGGCGAGUCGGCAUGUGGUUGUGCUUUGGCAUCAUCGUCGUAGGCUUGCUGGCCACGGUGCUGCUCGGUGAGGAAACUUUCUACCCGCGGCAUCUGGCACCGGAACAGAUCCCCCUGCGCAGGUCCAGACUGAUGCGACUGGUUGGAGUUGAGCAGUACCGGAGCAACUGGACGACGAACGGCUUCUUGGAGAGCGGGAUGCGACUAGUCACAACGAUCACUCGACUGCCCGUCUUCCUCGUCUGCUUGUUCUACUUUUUCGAUUUCCCUUGGACGAUUGGAAAUAACACAACGAUUUCAGUCUUCAUUGUCCCAGCGUACGACUUCACCUUCAACGGCCUCGCAGCUAUCUAUACUGCCCCGGUAGUCGGUGCCAUCCUCGGCCUCGUAAUCGGCCAUUUCCUCUUCGAUUUCUUGGGAAAACUGUACGCACGAUACCAUGGCGGGAAGAUCGAUCCCGAGGCUCGUCUACUCGUGCUGUGGCUAAUACUCCCGCUGAAGAUUUUGGGCUACAACCUCAUCGGAGUCACACUGGAGCAGCAUUGGUCAUGGUGGAUCCUCGCAGUUGGCUGGGCUCUGCACAACUUUGCCGCCAUUGUGACGACUACGGCCGUGGGAUCCUACCUCAUCGACGCAUACCCGGAAGCGAGCGGUGAGAGCGCCGCGUGGUUGAACUUCUCGAGGACACUCGGAGGAUUUGUUGUGGGUUAUUUCCAGAUUGGAUGGGCUAGCAGUGCCGGAACACAGACGGCGUACGGGAUCCAGAGCGGCAUCAUGGGAGCGGCUUUCAUGGUCAUCGUGGCUCUACAGUUUGGCGGAAAGAGACUGAGGAGUCUGCAGGGUCCGCUGAACUUCAAGACAAACUGA